AUGUAUAAAAGAAGAAAUAAAUGUUUAAGUGGAAUCAAGGUUUGGUGCAAUGAAAAUAAAUACUCGCUACUAAUUAUAUUGGCCGCUAUUAUGGGCCUAACUCUAGGGUUUAUAAUGAAGUCCAUAUUCACUAUAAGUCCCAUAGCGUUGGUAUAUAUCGGACUUCCGGGCACUUUACUUAUACGUGCGUUUAAAAUGAUCAUUGUGCCCUUCAUUGUUUCGUCCCUGUCCACAAAUACGAGUUUGGAUAAUUGUAUCAAGCAAGUCUAUAUUACAUUAGUGUUUAAAAUGCCAGGGGUAAGGGAUGUGUCGGCCCGUGAGGCCAGUCAUAGGGAUGUGACGGCCGGUCAGUCCUCAUCACCAGUCGGUCGUGACAUCAAACAAAUGAUCUCCAGUCAAGACGAGAGCAUUUACGACAUGUUUAUGAAUUUAGUACCUGAUAACAUUAUAGCCGCAGCGUUUACCACACAUUAUACAGCACUCGUACCGCUCGACCCCCAAAAUCUGACCCUCGGCUACAAGAAAGUGGCCGAACGGGCGGUCAAACCAAAUAUGUUGGGUUUGUGUGUAUUCGCACUCGUAUUGGGUUUCGCUGUUUUACAGUUGGAUUCAAAGGCCGAGAAUAUCAGGAAUAUUCUGUACGAAACCAAUGCGGUUAUCCUGACAAUCAUGAUAGUAAUGCCAAUCGGUAUGUUUUGCUGGAUGUUUGUGGAAGCUGUGAAAAUGAAAUCACCAAGCAAAAUUAUCGGCCAACUGGGCAUGUUAUACAUUACCGCGAUCAUAACAUUCUCGUGCAUUUGGUUCGUAGUGUACCCAACUGUCUAUUUUUUAAUUGUACGCAAAAAUCCAUUUAAAUUUUACGCCACUAUUACGCCGCGCCCUAACACUGCCGGUUACCAUAAAGACAAUGAUGGAAAAAUAUCACCUACAUCCAUCGGUGGCACAGUUUGUGUUGCCACUGGCAUAUUUACCCUGAUCAUGUCAAUGGCUAUACCCAGCGCACCGGCUAGUGGUGGAUCCCUGGUGCAUUUUAUAUCCUAUUGCGCGGUUAUUGGCAUUGAUUAUCCCCUGGAUAUACUCGCCUAUACCAUGACUAUGGAUUGGUUAAUGGAUCGCAUGCGUACCGUAACCAACGUAUUGGGCGACUGUUUCAUAUCGGCAAUUGUCCAGAAAUUGUGUCACAUUAAGUCCGAUAUAACCGAUGAUUAUAACCUUGCACAAAUGCUGCCACCAAUUUCUGGCUGA